UCAUGUUUUUAACCAAUAAAAACUCAAGGUUUCAGAAUCGACCAAUCAACAGUGAGGAUUUCUUGUAAGCACCGGAGCUGUGGAUCCGACCUAGGGAGCUAGCUAGACACUUGAAAAGUAGGAACGAUGAAUUCCCUGGAACAGGCAGAAGAUCUGAAGGCCUUUGAAAGAAGAUUGACGGAGUAUGUGUCCUGUUUGCAGCCUGCGACUGGCCGGUGGCGAAUGAUUCUGAUCGUUGUGUCUGUCUGUACUGCAACUGGCGCUUGGAACUGGUUAAUAGACCCAGACACUCAGAAGGUGUCGUUCUUCUCUUCCUUGUGGAAUCACCCGUUUUUUACCAUAAGCUGCAUCACACUGAUUGGUUUGUUCUUUGCUGGGAUUCAUAAAAGAGUUGUGGCCCCAUCAAUAAUUGCAGCCCGUUGCCGGACAGUACUAGCAGAAUAUAACAUGUCCUGUGAUGACACGGGAAAACUCAUCUUGAAACCACGGCCACAUAUUCAGUAGCACAUGUUCUACAAAGAAAAAAUUGGUAGAACACCAAAUUGAACUGAAACUCUAGUACAGUGGUAGCCAACCCUGUUCCUGGAGCUCUACCAUCCUGUAGGUUUUCAUUCCAACCCUAACAAAAUGCACCACAUUCAACAGCUAGUGAUCUUGUUGAGCUGCUAAUUAGCAGAGUCAGGUGUGCCAAAGUAUGAAAACCCACAGGAUGGUAGAUCUACAGGAACAGGGUUGGUUACCACUGUUCUGGUACAAAGUGCAGUGGAUCAUGGGAUAGUGCUUUUGAAUCACACGUCAGUAUUGGCUGUCAUGUUUGAAAGCCAUAUGUGUCCUCUGAAAUGUUUUAUUCAUUAAUCCGAAGCCUAGAUGUUUAUUCAUAUCUGAGAUGUUUUAAAUAGAUAUGCUCUGUGUUCCUAUUUUUUAACUGUUCAAUACAGUGAUAAAUAAAUAUUGAUUUGUGAGGUAAGGUUUCCUGUGCGUAUGUAUGAGUGUGACCAAGCAGCUCGAGUCUUGGUUUCUUUUACUGUAUUUAUCUUGGCUUUGUAUUGACAUUUUUGGGCACAACUGAGACACUGAGAUUUUGUGUUAAUAUAUUUAUCUUUUAAAUAGAUUUUAAGGCAGGUACCAAAACUGUUUUGUUCUCUAUUACCUUGAUUGUAUUCAGUGCCACAGAGAAGCAAUAAAUCAAUAUUCUUGUUUGUCUUUUUGGA